AUGACAGAGGGCCCCUUCGUUUAUGGUGUGGAGUUGAAGGAUGCACCGACGGCACCGACAGAUAUCAGCCAGUACGACCUGCUGUUUGGUCCUGGCAGCAUCCUGCAUCGUCGGCAACACCAACCGAGAAGGUUCGGUCAACCGAUGCCCGACUACGACGAUCAGUACUACGCCCCUGGUGCUGACGGUUCCAAUCUGUCACUCGCGUUUGGGGACGUCCUCCGCGAGAACGUCUCAACCGCGAUCGUGGAGGCGUACAACCUGACCGGAGGUUCGCUGGGUGGCACAAGCACUGUCUCAACACUGCCCGGACCGGGCUCGCAUGCUGGACGUGGAGGUGAAGGAUCGUUCCAGAAUCAGCUCAUCAUUCCGCUGUACGCGAUCAUCUUCCUGCUGUCAGUUGUCGGGAACCUGCUGGUGAUCCUGACGCUCGCCCAGAACAAGCGGAUGCGCACGGUUACGAACGUGUACCUGCUGAAUCUGGCGAUUUCCGACUUGCUGUUGGGUGUGUUCUGCAUGCCGUUCACCCUCGCCGGCCAGGUGCUGCGGCGGUUCGUCUUUGGAAGUGUCAUGUGCAAAUUAAUACCAUACUUUCAAGCCGUGUCCGUUUCAGUGGCCGUGUGGACGCUGGUGGCCAUCUCCCUCGAGCGCUACUUCGCCAUCUGUCGGCCUCUGUCAUCACGCCGCUGGCAGACGCAGUUCCACGCGUACAAAAUGAUUGCACUCGUGUGGACAUUGAGUCUACUCGCCAACUCGCCGCUGUGCUACGUCCAGCGGUUACAGCCGGUUCUGCGAGUAGGCCGCACCACUGGUCAGAUGAAGUGUCGCGAGGUUUGGCCAGACCGGGUGUCCGAGAAGGCGUACGUGUUGUUCCACGACGUUGGGUUGCUGUUUCUGCCUCUCCUGACGAUGGGUUUCGCUUACUCGAUGAUCGUAUCGAAGCUGUGGCGUGGACUACGCCACGAAAUUAAGCACUCUUCGCUGUACCAGCAGACGAGCAGAUUGGGUACAGGAGGUACCACAGGUGGAGGCACUGGCCCAGCAACAUCUGCUGGAGGACCGGUAGGCUCCAUUCCCGGGUCUGGUGGGGAGCAACAUGGACACACGACAGGUUGUAGCAGCCCAGCAACGGCAUCCAGUGUCGAAGGUGGCAAGACCUCCAAAUCCGGUUACCUUCUGACGUCUAGCAUCAAGAAGACAGCCUUCAAGACAUCGUCAGCUGCGGUGAAUUUCGCCAGCAACAACAACACGAUCUCAAAAGGAAGCUUUAACGGUGCAAGUGGAUCGGUGAGCGGAGGAAGUGGAGGAAAUACCGCCAGCAAUGGAGCUGGCAGCAACACCUGCAGUGGAGGCCCGAGUGGAGGUAGCACUACCGUAGAUCGAAGCCUGUUCUGUACUGGAUCUGCGUGCGAGAAUCGAACGGAUCGUCUUCGUGGAUUUCGCCACUUCUUCGCCAAGCAGCACCGGCAUCACGGUGGACUCUGCCGGAAGCAGCGCUACCAUCUCGGAGGCACCGCCCCAGAAGCCCUCUCAGAGCUGGCGGAAACGAAGUUUGACGGUACGCCCACGCACCAACAGCAGCAACAGACGUACCACCACCAUUACCACCAUCAGCACACGUACCACCACCCACACCAUCGCAUACCGACCACGAUUGUGAAGAGCUCGCAGCAGGAUACAAAGCACGAGAUCGUGCUGGGAGGUGGCGAAUCUGCACCGCUUGAAACGCCGGGUGAGCUGACGGGUGGCGUGAAUGAGACGAGUAGCUCAGGUGUGCCACCAGGCGGCGCCACUGUCACCAACGGGACAAACGAUGACACUACGCUCAAGCCUGACGCAAGCUACCAAUUCUCGCGGCACGCGAUCCGGUCCACCUAUAUGGAUAAGAGCAUCGAGGCGAAGAAGAAGGUAAUUCGGAUGCUGUUCGUGAUCAUUGUCGAGUUCUUCGUCUGCUGGGCACCGCUGCACAUUCUCAACACGGUGUACCUUUACUCACCAUCCUUUGUCUAUCAGUACGUGAGCAGCAGCGGCAUCGCACUCGUACAGUUGAUGGCGUACAUCAGCUCCUGCUGCAAUCCCAUCACGUACUGUUUCAUGAACAGGCGCUUUCGGCAGGCAUUCUUGGGCAUCUUCAGUUGCUACCGCAACCGCAUGCCAAUCUGUUGCUGCUUCUGCUGCGUUUCCAAGCAACCCCCGAUGGAUGGUGUGGAGUCGAAAGCCGCCGCCUAUCUGCGUCAGAACGCGAUCAACCACUCGGGUGCGGAACGCAACAACUCGGACGUCUCCGGCAACGACUCUCUGGUGUAUGUUGGGCGUGGAAUCGUCCAGCGAUCCGAGAUAUUGAUUCUGGAAUCCGAGGAUCGGGUUUAG